AUGGCGCUGCGUAUAACGACGCGGCAGCUCUGCCGUAACAUCCCCAGGAGCACUACAAGCUUCCAACAGAUCGCCAUUCAGAGGCGCCGACUGGCCACUACGUCAGCGCCCCCGGUCACACAAAAUGCGACGGGAUCCAAGGGCCCAACGGCCAUGGUUUUCCUGAAUAUGGGUGGUCCGUCAACCACGGCCGAGGUUGGCGACUUCUUAAGCCGUUUAUUUUCCGACGGUGAUCUCAUCCCGCUCGGUCGGCUUCAAAACUAUCUCGGCCCAUUGAUUUCGGCGCGCCGUACACCCAAGAUUCAGAAACAAUACGAUGCCAUUGGAGGAGGCUCGCCUAUCCGACAAUGGUCCGAGCAUCAGUGUGCUGAGAUGUGCAAGAUCCUCGACAAAAUCUCCCCAGAGACGGCGCCUCACAAACCAUACGUCGCUUUCCGUUACGCAAACCCUCUGACCGAAAACAUGUAUAAGAAAAUGCUUGAAGAUGGUUUCGGCGGAGGAAAAGGCGGUCGAGCCGUGGCAUUCACUCAAUACCCCCAAUAUUCUUGCUCGACAACUGGGAGCAGCAUCAAUGAGUUGUGGAAGUGGCGCCACCGACUGGAGGGCAACACGAGGGCAGAGACUGAGGGUGCUAUCAAUUGGAGCGUCAUUGAUCGCUGGCCGGUACAUCCUGGUCUUGCCAAGGCUUUUGCACAGAAUAUCCAGGCAAAGCUUGCCGAAUACCCCGAAGAACGCAGAAAGAACGUAGUUCUGCUCUUCUCCGCCCACAGCCUGCCCAUGUCGGUUGUCAAUCGAGGCGACCCAUAUCCUGGCGAGGUUGCUGCCACAGUCUAUGCAGUAAUGCAGCAACUUAAUUUUUCCAAUCCUUACCGCAUCAGUUGGCAGUCGCAGGUCGGCCCCAGUGCCUGGCUGGGCCCUCAGACAUCGGAUACCGUCUCGAGCUACGUUGCCCGUGGCCAGACAGAUAUGAUCCUUGUCCCUAUCGCCUUCACGUCUGACCACAUUGAGACUUUGUAUGAACUUGAUGAGGAGGUUAUCGGUGAGAGCGGGCACAAAGACACUAUCAAGCGAGCAGACAGCCUGAAUGGUAGCCGCGUAUUUAUCGAGGCUCUCGCCGACAUCGCCAAGCAGCACCUUCAUAGCGGCGAUGCCUGUUCGAAACAAAUGCUGCUGCGUUGCCCUGGGUGCAAGAGCGAGCGCUGCGGGGAGUCAAAGAGAUUCUUCUCGCAAGGUCAGGGCCCUGUACUCUAG